AUGAUUUACUGCCACCUAGGCUACGCGGCAUGGUUAAUGAGCAGCCUCACGAGGGUUUCUGCUAUUGAUUUAGAUAUCAAUAGCACAGAAUCAAUUCAAAAUGCUGCGACAAUCCAAGUCACGAACCUUCUCAGCAAUUCUACCAUCGACGGCAGCGUGAGCCCUCUAAGCGAUGAUCCUUUUCACGGUGUAAAGGAUGAGGCAUCGGUAUACAUUACUUUGCUCGCUUUCUGGGACACGACCAAGAACAGUAAUUACAACAACCUCGUCAUUGACCGCAUGGACAGCCAAAGACCAACAAUAUUCAAUUCGAGCUACAAUUCAACCAACACAAGACCAAGCACCGCUAUCUGGGGUCUAGCCGCUAUGACCGCCGCAGAAGUAGGCUUUCCGACCGAUUCGUCGGAGUCUUGGUUUAAUUGCGCUGUAAAUCUGCACAGCAAACUCAUGUGGAAAAGCGGUCACUUUUGUACCGAUGGGCUUUCACCAGACUCCCAAAACCUCAUCGGGCAACAGUUUGGGUACCUUACUGGUACAUAUUUCCAGCUAACUUCCCGAAUUGCUUACGCUUCGUCGGGGGAGCAACGACGUUUUUUUGCGGAUCGGGCUUCGGCUGUUUGGUCGUGGAGCGUGAAAAAUCACAUCCUGAACGAGAGCGAUUGGACGAUCAAUUCCCUUGUUGCUGGGAUGGAUAACAAUACUGCUUGUUUUGUAUUGAAGGAUUGGAGGUUAGCAUCCUCUUAUGGACUGUGGCUGAGCGGCGCUGCGUAUAUGUUCAAAAUGACGGAUACUGAUCUAUGGAAAACAAGAGUCGAAGGCCUAUUGGACAACACCUUAACAUCAUUUUUCACCCGGAACAUGAUAGUGGAAGUAGGGGAUCUGGUUGAUGGACUUGGUGCGGUGAACCAGGCCCGAUAUUCAACAGAGGCAGAGGUCGCCAACAGGAUCAAUGCUAAACUACGCCGCACAGCCAUCACGCUAGCACAGCAAUGCGGCGGGACAAGCAAUCAUACUGUAUGCGGCUCAGACUGGACCUCUUCUGUUUAUGACUACGCCCCCAGCUUCGGGAACACAUUGAACGUCGUGAAUAUCCUGGUGUCCAAUCUGAUAAUUUCACAGACUUCCGGUAGUGUUGCAAAUAACACAGAAAACGACAGUGGCGCUGCUUCCAAAGCCAAUGACACGUCUACCGGUGGCGGUGACAGUGAUAAAAUUUCUGACGGAGUAAUCGCGAGUGCAGUUGUUGGCAGUGUCGGUGGCGCCGCACUCAUUAUUGGCGCUAUCUCCUGGGGCUUCCGCAAAUGGAAAGAUCAGACUUAUGAUGCCGUCCGAAAGGAUGAGCCCGGAAAAAAGGGAUACACCGGGGGGUCACAGUCAGACCCUGCCGAUCAUUUGUAUGGCCAUAGCACUGUUACUGAUCAAGUGCACGGGGGGCUAAUUCAAGAGGUACCCAAUAAUGGUAUUGCGGAAUUGCACGAAGAAGCUGCUACCACACUUUCAAGCAACGUGCGACAUGAAUUGGCUUGA